AUGUGGUCGACAGUGCGAGCCGAGGACGCGUCCUUCGUCCCCCUGACAAGGGCGUUUCUCGAUCGUCUGCGCAACGAAACCUACUACAACCGCUAUGCAACGCCCACGCAGUACGACGGAAUCCCAACGAACGUCUCAUUGUCCAUGUUCAUUGAAGGAAUGUCUUCGUUCAGCGCUCAGACCAUGGACUACCACCUGGACAUGUAUUUCCAACAGGAGUGGUACGAUCUCCGACUGGAGCAUAAUAACAGUGCACCGAUACUGGUAAAGGACAAAAAGGUGUUCGCUGAGAUGUGGCACCCGGACGUGUACUUUGCCAACGCCAAAUCUGCUUCGUUUCAAGAAGUCACUGAUGACAACUUUCUCAUUUGGGUCUACCCAGAUGGACGGGUAUGGUACGACACCAGAAUUUCAAUUGUAGUCUCGUGCAACAUGGAUUUGUGGAAAUAUCCCCGCGAUUCGCAGCAGUGUCCUCUUCGGAUCCUAUCAUAUGCUUAUCCUGAAACCGUUCUACGCCUCGUGUGGUCGCUUAAAGAUGACAUCCUGCCGGUCGAUCGGAAUCCCGAAAUCAUCAUGCCUGAUAUGCAACUGAAAGACAUCCGUACGGGCUACUGUAACGGCACCUAUGCAACGGGUGUGUGGAGUUGUAUGACGGCGGUGUUUUACGUGGAACGUGAAGUGAUGCAUCAUGUAAUGCAAACUUACCUGCCAACCGCUCUGAUAGUCGUGAUCUCCUGGUUCAACUUCUGGCUCGACGUCGAUUCGGCUCCAGCUCGCGUUUCGUUGAGCAUUACAACACUACUCACGAUAUCAACGCAGGCGAAUGCUGUCAAGUUAGCUUUGCCAGAGGUAUCCUACAUGAAAGCGAUUGAUGUUUGGAUGGGAUCGUGCAUGGCGUUCGUCUUCGGCGUUAUGAUUGAGUUCACGAUCUGUCACUUCGCGAAGAAUCAGGAGCUGCUUCGUUGUGAGCCGCAGCCGUCGCUGAUCGUCGACACCGCCUUGUCGACGCUUUUCGGCGCAACCAGGGACAUCGACGACUUGAACGACGAAGAUGUCGGGAUUCCCGCUCAGGACAACCACGUCGCUCUCAACAUGCUCAAUCCAGAAAGAGCAGAACCACGGUUACGGUCGCUCUCGGCAAACAUGAGCACGAAUGGAGCCAGAUAUUUCGUCGGUUCCGAACGAUUGAAACGAAAACGUUCGAAAAAUUCGUUCUCACGUUUCCGACACCAUACGACGGAGGUGUCACGACGUGCGCUGCACUGGACUCGUACGCUGCGCAAUCUACGAGGCCGACGGGUCGCCCAGCGCAUUGACGAGCAGUGUCGGACGGCGUUUCCCGUGGCAUUCCUCCUGUUCAACAUCGGCUACUGGACCUUCUACUUACUUUAUAGCUGA